UAAGGAAACAAACAGCCGCCAUCAGCAUCAUGAACGCUUUAAUCGUCGUACUUUGCUGCAUGUCCGCAGUAUUUGCGCUUCCUGUACUGAAACCGCACGAUACCCUGAUCCCCAAUCUGGCUUUGCAUAUUUACGGACCAAGCCCGGAUGGUUCGUACAACUACAACUACGAGACCGGAAACGGUAUUCAGGCGCAAGAACAGGGCCAGCUCGUCAAGAUUAAAAAUGACAAGGAGGACGCUCUUUACGUUCAGGGUUCCUUUAGUUAUCCCGAUCCCGAUGGCAGACCCAUUGCCUUGAGCUAUGUCGCUGACGAGAAUGGUUUCCAGCCUACGGGAGAUCAUCUGCCGACGGCGCCUCCGAUACCCUCCGCUAUCCUAAAAGCCCUAGAGUACAUUGCUCAGCAUCCCGAGGAGGAUGACUUGUAAAAAGUUCAUCAUUAUGUUUUGAUCAUAUGAGUGAAUUAAUUACAGUGAAUUAAACAUUUCCGUCAAUUUAUAAUGUCGAGAAUUGAAUUCAUUGAAGUUAUAUGCCUCUAAAUCACGAUCUUUAUGUUUUAUUUUCUUAUAUUCACAUAUAUAUCAUGCGAAUUCUACGUAAGAUAAAUUCCUUUCACAUUGCAAAGAAUUAGUAUUAUUGUGUUAAUUAAGAAGUCUUGCAGCACACGUGCACUGUGUAAAGAAUCAUUGCGACGGCAGUGUUUAUAUUUUAAGCGUUGCCCCUAGCCAUGAAAUAAAAGUGUUGAAGCGUAAAUUCAGUUACACGUUUUUUUCUGCGAUCGAGAGAUUCAUCUAACUUCGUUGUGCCAUAAACACAUCACGGAUGUUCCGCUCAUUAAAACAUCAAAUCGCUCGCGAUUUGAAUACAUCGGUGAAUGAAUUCGGUUGGCUAGUUCGCGAAUACAACACAAAGCAAUAUUUAAUGAUGGGCCGCAUGUGUAGAUGACGUAAUAA